CGUGUGUUUGUUCCCUCGUAUGUUGCCGUGUGUGCGUGCGUAGGUGAACUGUGCUGUCAUCAGAGAACGACGGAAAACGGUCUUUCUCGCCACCCCUUCUUCUGAAAAGCGAUUUAGCAAGGAAAAAAUAAACUAUUUUACCGUUUCCCAAGUAGUUCUCCUCGGUUUACAUUUCGUUUCCGUUUUACUUUCGGUUGUUCAGUGUUCCGGAAGUUCAUAUAGCUCAGCACAGUUCAGCGCAAUGGAGCCUUAUGAUGUGAUAGUGAAUCAACCGGUCGUCAUCGACAACGGUUCUGGAAUGAUUAAGGCUGGCUUCGCUGGCGAUCACAUACCAAAGUGUCGCUUUCCCAACUACAUGGGUCGGCCUAAGCAUGUGCGCGUGAUGGCCGGUGCACUGGAAGGGGACAUGUUCGUGGGACCAAAGGCGGAAGAUUAUCGGGGGUUGCUAAGCAUCCGCUACCCGAUGGAGCACGGUAUCGUGACGGACUGGAACGAUAUGGAGAAGAUCUGGACGUACAUCUACAGCAAGGAUGAGUUAUCAACCUUUGCCGAGGAGCACCCGGUUCUGCUAACCGAAGCACCACUAAAUCCGCGCAAGAACCGUGAGAAGGCGGCCGAAAUCUUCUUCGAAACGUUCAACGUGCCGGCACUGUUCGUGUCGAUGCAGGCCGUGCUGAGUCUGUACGCGACCGGGCGCGUCACCGGUGUUGUGUUGGACUCGGGUGACGGUGUGACACACGCUGUCCCGAUAUUCGAAGGUUUCGCUAUGCCUCACAGCAUCAUGCGCGUAGAUAUUGCCGGACGGGACGUGACCCGCUACCUAAAGACGCUAAUUCGCAAGGAAGGCUUUAGUUUCCGGACGACGGCCGAGUUCGAGAUAGUUCGCUCGAUCAAGGAAAAGGUAUGCUCGUUAGCAACGAAUCCACUGAAAGAGGAAACGGUCGAUACGGAGAAAACCAAGUAUGUGCUGCCGGAUGGAAAUGUGCUCGAGAUUGGACCGGCAUGCUAUCGGGCACCGGAGGUACUGUUCCGCCCUCACAUGCUUGGGGAAGAGUGCGAAGGCAUACACGAGGUGCUAAUAUACUCCAUUCAAAAGUCCGACAUGGACCUAAGAAAAAUGCUGUACCAGAACAUCGUACUAUCGGGCGGAUCGACACUGUUCAAAGGUUUUGGCGAUCGAUUGCUAUCCGAGAUAAGGAAACACGUGGCGAAGGAUAUGAAAAUAAGGAUCGCUGCGCCACAAGAACGUAUCUAUUCAACCUGGAUGGGUGGAUCAAUUCUGGCCUCUCUCGACACAUUCAAGAAGAUGUGGGUCUCGAAACGAGAGUUCGACGAAGAUGGUCAGAGGGCAAUUCAUAGGAAAACAUUUUAAAGUGUUAAACACCUUGAAAGCAUUCAUUCGGCAACAGUUUCCCCGGGGGGCAAAACACUCAAACUACAUGUGGCUGGCCGUGUUUGCAGAAAAGUGAGAAAGAAGGAUAUGGAGAAAGACAGACAGGCCGACGAUGUGUGGAUGAGUAAGUGAUUUGGGAGAGGAAUAUAGGACAUAUUAGGAUGAUUUUGGGCAGCCACCAUAGAUAUGGUUCUCUCAGGUUUAUAUCGGUACGAUAUCGGAACACCACGUAGCGCACCGGAUGGAAUUUGAUUUCUAAAUUUACUAACCGUGCAAAUUGGCCUUCGGUCCAUAGUGCAGCUUUAUGCGGAUAUAUUGUUGUUUUUUUUUUAUUUCACAGUGAUGCAUAAACGCAUUUUGGAGGUAAACAAAGAUUCACCGAAUAACAUAAUAUGUGUAUAGAAUCUAAACUAUUAUAAGUUAAAAAUGAUGGACGUCACUUUUGAGGGGCAAACAUGGAAAGACAAACAGUGUUCAGCAAAAAGGCAGUUUGUUGAGUGUUGCUUUUUAUAACUGCAAUCGACUGCAAGAAGGUAUAAUGCGCGCACAGAAAGUCUCUAUCACACAAAUAGACACGGUAAGAUUGGACAUUUGAACAGAGCUUGUGCAGGCGAACAAGCUCCUUUGCAACACGCGUUGAACAGGUUUGUGGUUUGUAAUAAGCUGCUUUUGCGCCAUACGCUUUUAGUGGCUGGUUCGUCCAUACGUUUGAUACGGUCUGAAAGGUUUACGUUCAACUUAAAGCCACAACAAACCACGAAAUUAUUACAUUGUAGUCUUGUGUUUGUUACUCUCUACCAUUUGGUCAUUUUGUUUUAUUGUUUGUUUUCGUGAAACGUACCACGUGAUUGUGAUGUUCAAAUAGAGGAACAUGUUGAAGGUAAGCAGCAGUUAGAGCUUUGUGCAUUCAUUUCUAGCACAUUUUUCCUCCCAUUAGAUAAAGAUCAGCCUCGUGCGAUAGAGAAUCACCUUCAUUCCAACCUAUGUUGCAUAGCCGAUAAGAUGUGCAAUUCAUGUUUUUGAUUUUAAUCCUUUCCUUUCCUUUCUGUGCAGAAAUUUAAAUUGAUGCUUUAAAUCAUUAGCUUGGCAAUAAGAUACAAUGGAUAGUCGCAAAACAACGCUUUCUGAUGUGUUUUUUUUAUGGUGUGUAUUUCUUUUCAUCAAUUAACACGAAUUAAGUUAUAAUUUAGUAAUUUAUAUUCAAUAACUAUCAAUUAAUGUAAACGCGCGAUUGCGUGUGUGUGUGUGGUUGCUGCUGACAGCCCCACAGUGAAACAAGCAAAGUGCAAAAAAGUGAAUAUAAUCAAGCGUAUAUGAACCGAGAGAAAUAACGACAUAAUAACGUUUCAAUACUGCUGCAGCAAGACAGGCAUAACCUUAUCCUUCUCUAAGCAUACGAGUAGAUAUUAUAUAUUAUUAAUUUGUACCAAUGCAAUCCGUUUGUAUCGCUGCACAUUCGAGAGAUAAAAAAAGUCGGAAAAUGGCUAGAGAAAUUUGGAGAGCAAAUUUAAAAGUAUGGUUAGCCGGUACUUAUCGCUUAUGUGGCUUAUUCUUUGCCAGCAAUAAUGACCCCGAAAGCAAACGCAAAGAACAACCAUUGCAAUUGUGUACGAGAGAGGAAAUAUAUCGAACAGGAAUCUAA